AAGCUCCCCUCCCUCCAGAAACUUUCAAUCCACCUUGCUCACCUGUCCUUGGCAUGCACGUCAUACGCACAGGUGUAUGCAACCCCUAGCGAAACCACCCCUCCUCCGCCGUGACCGCCAAUCAGCGCCGCCCUCAGCGUGUUUCCCCUCGCCUUCGCGGGCUAUUACCGAUGCGUGCUACCCCCGUCCGCUCUCCGCUGUGAUUCACACACCCCCUCCAACUGAUCCUCCGAUCCGACACCCUUAACUCACCUGCGGCGCGAUCAGGGUAGAUCAGUUAUCAUUUCGAUCUUGAUCAGUUCGCACUGAAGAUCCAAUUCCGUCUCUAGCUCGCUCUUGUGUUUCCGAAUUUUUAUUUUGCGUUGCCGUUCGUAAUCUAGGUUGAGAUUUUAGUGAACGAAUUUGCGUCUUAAAGUACUUGUGUCUUCGAACUGUAUUGCUCAUCACGUGAUCGGUAUUUUCGGCACUCGUUUCCGAUUUCGCUAAUCAAUCGGUAAUUUCUCAAGUGUGUCUGUUCCAUUGACUGUUCCUCCGAUUUUCCGUCCUGUGCCUUAUAUUUGACUUAAUUACCGGGGUUUAUUUGUGCGACGAACUUUGUUUUAUGUUUAUUUCUUGUCAACGGCAAUAUCCGAUAUUGACCUGGCUUUCCUCGCUGUGAACGGUUUUUUGGUACUAGUGAAAAGAUAUUGGCCGACGAUGUCUUCCGAGUGGAUUUCGGACGUGAUAAUCAACGAUUUGGAAUUGAUUCAAGCCGUGCAAGAACACCGUCAUUUGUACGACAAGAGGGACUUGAACUUCUACAACAGCAAGCUUGUCGAUGCAACUUGGGCGCAGAUUGGAAAGCAGUUCGCCGAUGACUUUGGCUGGGCGUGUCAGUGGAGAUGGACGUCUUUACGAAACCAGUAUCGAGAUGCCGUAAGAAGACGAAGGUUCUUGGAAGUGGCCAGAAUGCCGUCCGCGCCUAAAUGGAAAUACGAGGAUGCUAUGUCGUUCCUGGAGCCGCAUCUUACGGAAAAUCGACCGCAGCCAACCCCAACGCCGGUUCCUGAAAGCGACGAUGCGAAAGUCCAGGUUCCUCAAUGGCGCAGAGUCUCCGAGCUUGUAGCUCUAUUCAAAGGCGGCACCGUUGUAGACGGAAAGCCAUCAAGAAAGUCAGCUCCCGCCUUCCCCGGUACACCAGAUAGCGCCAUAUCAGCCAAGGCCUACCUGCCGGCCAAACUCCCAGACCUCGUGCCCGCAACCCCCGUAGCACCCGAACCAGAAUCACCGCCAAGCAGCGAACCUGAUUCCGAAGACCUGAUCCCCACGGUGCCCAAACUCACCCCCGAGUCCGAGGACUCCGAGGAUUCGGGCUUCGAACCGGAACUGGCCGUCGAGGUGAAUCCGGAAUCCGAGAGCUCCGAGGUUUCCACGUCGGCGUCUUCGAGCGAGAAGGUGCCCGAGCGAGUGCAGAUGCCCACCAGGUUCCUGCAUCCCCAUCUGAUGCGCAAUUUCCGGCAUCGCAUCCCGACGACGGCUGUCCAGCGUGACGUCAUCAAGAAACCCGCGCCGCCGCCGGUCCCGGUGAUUCCGCGCGUGUGUCAGGUCCAGAAUGCUCCAGUGACGUCACGAGGUUUGACCUGCGCCAUGCCCAACCCCCGACCCGCCAACGUUGGCACUGUCGCCGGUGCCCUCAAGUGGGUGCUUUCGAGGAAGAAGACCGCCAAGGCUCUCCAGCGGUGAUGUGUUUUGCCUUCUGCCUGUUCAUUUCAGAAAGGCCGCAAUUCCAAUCUCCGACUCUACCAAAAUAAUAUUGUUCCCAUUUAAUCACUGUCGUCUCCUGACGCAGAGAAGAUGUAGAAGUUGUAUUCUAGUAAAUUCAGGGACUUACAUGAUUUGCAAAGAAUUUUGUUGCGGCAAGUCUGUCGCAUACUAGGCUGGUGGAUGUCUACUUCGAAUGGUAUGUUAUUAUCUGAAUGAGGACCCUGCGUAUUAAAGUACAAAUCUUCAUAUUUUUAAUUUAUGUAGAAUGUGUUUCCCGUUGAGUAUGCUCUGAAUCUUGUAAAUCCGACGAGGACUUACAAUUGAUCCUGAAUUUCCGGUUGGAAUACUGUAAAUUGGUAGGUGAUCGGCUUUCAGAGGGUAGGAUGGACAGCUUUGGGGUACCAGAUGACUCCUUCAUUAUUUGUCCCGGGUGUCAGAGCACCUUUUGUAAAUGGUUUUACGCUUCUGUGAUACUGAGUAGGGUCGUUCUCUUAAUUUUGUAGCAUGUCCCCACGAGCUUUCUUCGAUUCUCAAGCUUUCGUUGUCGGUAUCUCCAAAGUUCAUGUAUACCUCUUUGUUUUCAGAAUUUUAAGGCGAGCAUUUAACUGCUUUUGCUCUGAGUCAAUUUCCCUAACUUUUACGUAACAUGUACCCGUGUCUAGUGUUAAUAAUACUGUUAUUAGGUUGUAUACUUUGUACAGUGUAAAUAAAUGUAUCCUAAUGGAUUGUUAUAUUGAAUCUUGAAAUCGAUGGCGUUUCGACUUUUGUAUUUCCAUAUGUAUUCUUGUAAUAUACUGUUUGUUUUUAUGAAAAAGA